AUGAAGGGGAUUUGUCACUCCCAUGGAUCCCCGAUGCGACAGAAACGUGUGAAACUCGUGUGGGUGAUCGCUGUAACUGUCACAUUGACUUGGAUCCUAUUGAUUCGUUCCUAUCUCGGUCAGUCAAAAUCAGUGGGAUUCAAGUUCACUUGGUACACGUGCGAAACCCUAUUGAAGGGUGAAAAUGUACCCGAGUUGAACGUGCAUGCUGCAUUCACCUCAAAUCAGGGACAACAAACAUGCGAUGCCAUAACAACAUUCAACGGGAAAAUACCGUGGGUUUCUCCAGACGAAGAAGCUUAUCCCAUUGCGUUUGCCAUUGCCGUGUAUGAAAAUCCCGAACAGUUUGCACAUUUCCUUCGUCUCAUAUAUCGUCCGCAUAACGCCUACUGUGUCCAUAUUGAUCGCAAGAGCAGAAGCGCAGAUGUGCAACAGUUUGAACAAAUCGCCCAGUGUUUCGGCCCGAAUAUAUUUCUCAUUCCACCGGACCAACGAUUGGAUGUGGCCUGGGGCUAUUUUUCCGUGCUUGAAACCACCCUGAUCUGUGCGCGAUUUUUGCUGUGGAAUCAGACGAUUGUACCGGACUGGCGGUACAUGCUGAAUGCAAAUAACAAAGAGUUUCCGCUUCGCACUAACUGGGAGCUGGUGACAGCCCUGCAGGCCCUGAACGGUUCGAAUAUGGUGGAGAGUGUUCCCUGUCCAGACUUGUACUAUCGGAAACCAAACCACAGUUACUCAUUCAGUGUAAGUCCUACAUAUUUGGAAAUGGAUUUAUCAUGUUCUGUUUGA